AUUUUAAACGAAUAUUUUCUUGUAUAUUUGCCCGAAAACGACAAAACACAAAUAAAAGAAAAUAAAAAAUACAAUGCCAUCAAAUCGUGCUUAUCAUCACACGUUUCAAGAACACGUUUAUUAUUUAUCUCUUACCUAUGCCGAACAAUUUUUGAUAAAUUUUUAACUUUAUUUCAAAAAACUGGUCCAAUGAUUCAUUUAUUAUAUGAAGAAUUAUCGAAUUUAUACCGUUCCGUUUUGCUGACGUUCCUAACAUCUGAAUAUAUCGGAAAUAAGCAAGGUAGUGAACUAUUAUUGAUUGAUCACAAAUUACCUGAAAAACAAAUGAACGAUAAACAAUUACGAAUUGUUGAGUAACAAAUAAAGCUUAUAAAAUCGUUUAUUCCUCUUACGUUUAGGUGAAGAAACACGAAAGUCAUUAGCAUUACUAUCUAAAGACAAAAAAGAAACGUUUUUUCGAGAUGUAAGAAAUAUUUUUCAAUCAAUUGCUUCAUAUUUGAAAUCGAAUCUUCCAUUGAACAACUCAUUUUUACGUGAUUUAAAAAUACUUGGACCUUCUUAUCGUUCGGAUCCUCAAGCUAUUGAUGCUAUUGUUCGUAUCGGUCGAUUUAUACCUGGUUUAUUAUCGUCAAAUGAAAUUGAUCUUCUUAAUGAUGAAUGGUUAAUGUAUUCAAUUGAAACAAUUGAUGAUUCAUGGUUAAUUAAACGAAAAUAUAAUGAUUUACAUGGAAGAGAACAUAUUGAAUAUCAUGAAAUCGAUUAUUACUGGAAUAAGGUAUUUUCGAUCGUUCGAGUUAAUGGACAUCCUAAAUAUUCAACAUUAAGAAAAUUGGUUAAGAAUGUACUUAUCGUGUCCCAUGGAAAUGCAGAUGUCGAACGUGGUUUCAGUACAAACGGAAAUAUUCUUACUGAAGAACGUACUCUUCUAUCAGAAAAAUCGAUUAAUGGUCUUCAGGCUAUAUAUGAUGGUGUUGAAUAUUUAGGUGAUGGAUCGGUGCACAAAGUAAAGAUCGAUAAUUAUUAUUGGCGCAAUUGA